AUGGCCAUGACCAAAAAAGAUCAGCAGCAAACUGAGGUGUUGAUCACGAAACAACAAGUUGAUCGACAACAACAAGAAACAAAUAAAGAAAAUGGACCUCCUCCAAAGAUUGAAAAACGAAAACGUAAUGUCAAUGAGGAUGAGCUGGACGAUCCAUACGAUGUAGAAGGUUUUAAAAAGAUUAGAAAAAUUGGUGAAGGCACUUAUGGUGUUGUAUUUAAAGCGCGUGAAAUCAAGACCAAUGAACCUGUUGCAUUAAAGAAAUUAAAGAUGUGUGCCUAUGAAGGUGUUCCUACUACAACCUUGCGCGAAAUAGCCAUUCUAAAAUCAUUAAAUCAUGAAAAUAUCAUCAAAUUAAAGGACUUGAUUCAUAAAGAAACAAAAUUAUUUAUGGUAUUUGAAUAUGCUGACAUGGAUUUACGACGCUAUAUGGAUACAAUGCAAAGACCGGGCCUAACAAAGAAUCAUAUAAAAAGUUUUAUGCAUCAGUUAUUUAAAGGAAUUCAUUAUUGUCAUGCUCAUCGUGUCCUUCAUCGUGAUUUAAAACCACAAAAUCUUUUAAUUGACCGACAAGGAAGGUUAAUGAUUGCAGAUCUUGGUUUAGCUAGAUCAUUCAACAUUCCUUUGAGAACCUAUACCCAUAAUGUUGUGACACUUUGGUAUCGUGCACCAGAGAUCUUGUUAGGGAGCCCUCAUUAUUCAACUGCUGUAGAUAUGUGGAGUGCAGGAUGUAUUAUGGCAGAAAUGAUGACACUAUCACCCCUUUUUCCUGGCGCAUCCCAGAUUGAUGCCUUGUUUCGAAUCUUUGAACAAUUAGGUACACCUACUGAAGAAGUUUGGCCCGGUGUUUCUGCUCUACCAGAUUAUAAUGAGCAUUUUCCAACAUUCAAGGGCAAAGAUAUUAGGAAAUCAUUAGAACGAUAUAAAGAUUGUCUAGACUUUUCUGAUACAGCAUAUGAUCUUUUAAAAUCUUUGCUUCAAUAUGAUCCAUCAUUAAGAAUAAGUGCUGGUAAGGCGGAAGAACAUCCCUUUUUUUACGAUGAUAUUACGAUGGUAAAAUUAUAG